AGGUGCAGGCAGGCUGGGGUGCUGCCCUGCUCCUGCCACUGGGCAUCCCUGCUCCCAUCGCUGGGCAUCCCUGCUCCCGUGGCUGGGCAUCCUUGCUCCCGCCACUGGGCAUCCCUGCUCCCAUUGCUAGGCAUCCCUGCUCCUGCCGCUGGGCAUCCCUGCUCCCAUCACUGGGUAUCCCUGCUCCCGCCGCUGGCCAUCCCUGCUCCCAUCACUGGGCACCCCUGCUCCCGCCACUGCGCCGCAGGCAGCACCACGCUCCCGCCCCGGACAUCCGAGGCCAGCACAGGCCUCACUUUCACUUUCUGUCACUCUGCUGGGCUGGGCGCAGGCAGAGCUGCGCAGGGCUGGCGCACCCACGCUGGAGGAAGGAGGGUGCUCCCAGCACAGCCUGGCGCAGGGAUGCAGACACGGCUGUUCCGGGCAGUGGGCUGGAGCUCAGCGGCCGUGCUAGCAGUGCUGGGGGUGGCCGUCUUCUUCCUGGUCCUGACCCCGGUGAAGGAUGCUGCCCUUCCUACAAGGAACAAAUACGGUCUGGUGUUUGAUGCCGGUUCCACGCACACAGCUCUCUACAUCUACCGGUGGCCUGCGGACAAGGCGAAUGGCACCGGCAUCAUCUCCCAGGUGGAGGUGUGCACUGUGUCCGGACCUGGCAUCUCCAGCUACGCAGACAACGCCACGGGGGCUGGAGCCAGCCUGAAGCCCUGCCUGGACAAGGCCAUGGCGAUCAUCCCGGUGGAGCAGCAGCGGGAGACCCCCACCUACCUGGGGGCCACAGCGGGCAUGCGGCUGCUGAGGGAGCAGAACAGCACCAAGGCCGAGCAGGUCUUUGCUGAGGUCUCCAAGGCCAUCGCCGAGUACCCUGUGGACUUCCGUGGAGCUCAGGUUCUCACGGGGAACGAGGAGGGCUCCUUCGGCUGGAUCACCGUCAACUACCUGCUGGAGACGCUCGUCAAGUUCUCCUUUGCAGAGAAAUGGGAACACGCACGGGACACUGAAGUUCUUGGAGCUCUGGACCUUGGAGGUGCCUCGACACAAAUAACCUUCCAGCCUGGCGUCACCAUCGAGGACAAGAACACCUCUGUCUUCUUCAGGCUGUACGGCACCAACUACUCGCUCUACACCCACAGCUACCUCUGCUACGGGCAGACGCAGGCCUUGAAGAUGCUGCUGGCAGCUCUCCACCAGGGCAGCCUGCCUGCCCAGCAGAUAUCGCAUCCCUGCUACCCCAAGGGAUACCAGGAGAACAUCACCACGGCAGACCUCUACGACAGUCCCUGCGUGCAUGCACCAGGCACAGCCAGCCGUGCACAGACGCUCACGGUGACGGGGACAGGGGACCCAGCAGCGUGCAGCGCCGCCAUCCAGAGACUCUUCAACUUCAGUUGUGGGGCCAACACGACGUGCGGGUUCAACGGGGUUUAUCAGCCGCCCGUGAGGGGACAGUUCUUUGCCUUUUCGGGACUUUAUCACAACCUUCACUUUCUGAACCUCACUAGAGGGCAGUCCCUGAGCUCAGUCCAAGCCACCAUCAGGCAAUUCUGCACCAGCAGCUGGGAGAAGGUCCAGAAGGAGUUCCCUACUGAGAAGAGGGACCACCUCCGUGACACCUGCGCAGCCAGCUCCUACACCCUCACCCUCCUUGUGCAAGGCUACAGAUUCAACCACACGACGUGGCUUAACAUCCACUUCGUCCGGCAGGUAGCUAACAUAGAUGUGGGCUGGACUCUGGGCUACAUGCUCAAUCUCACCAACAUGGUUCCCUCAGAGAUUCCCCAGAGAGUCACAGGGCUCAAGAGAAGCAACUGGACAGCAGCCACAGUUUUACUGGCCAUCAUGCUCAUCCUCAUCUUCUCCCUGCUCACAGUCAUAUGCUGCCAGAAAAACCCCUCUGGCUAUGAGAUGCUCUAGCAGCACUGGCUCCAGAGGCUGCCAAAGCCACUUAGUCCUGCUGCUGUGCUUGUGUGAGGCGCUGCAGACCAGGGAAUUGUGCCCACGUGUCCAGGAGCUGUGAACUUGCAAUGUGGAGCAUCUGUGCCCUGGCCUGGUGAGCUGGAACUAGCACAGGCUUUAAAAAAAUCCUUCCUGUA